CAAAAGCUGAAUAAUUUAAAGCAAAUAUAUAAUGUCUUUGAAAAAUUACAGAAUAGGAAAGACAAUAGGCCGCGGGACGUUCGGGAUCGUCAAACUUGCCUAUGAUGAAGUCAACAAGAGGAAAGUAGCCAUCAAGGUCAUGAACUCAAGUCAGUUCAAAACCGGGAAAGAGGUUAAAAGGGUAAAAACCGAAGUCAGAAUCUCCAAGAUGAUGAAUCAUCCUAACAUUAUUAAAACUCAUGAAGUUUUUGAAGAGAAAGGAAGGAUCUUCAUUGUCAUGGAGUACUGCUCAAAAGGAGACCUGUUUGAUUACAUUAAACAGAAGAAGAAGCUACCUGAAUCAGAAUGAAGAAUACUCUACAGGCAACUUAUUUCAGCCAUCUCAUAUCUUGAUAAGUGACAAGUUGUUCAUCGAGAUAUUAAACCUGAAAAUCUGCUUUUCGACAAACAUUGGAAUUUAAAACUAGCUGAUUUUGGGCUAGCACAUAGCUGUCGGAGAUUACAGAAACUCUCAACUGCCUGAGGUAGCCCCUGCUAUGCAGCUCCUGAAAUUUUAACAGGAAAAGAUUAUGAAGGUUUGAAUGUCGACAUCUGGUCAUCUGGUAUUGUACUCUUCCAAAUGCUUUGUGGUGAUCUCCCAUUCAGCGACAAAAAUCCUGAUAUAUUAUAUCCCAGGAUUAGAACUGCUAAUGAAAUUCUCCCUGAUCUGCUUCCACCGUUCCUUUCACUUGACUGUCAACAAUUUCUUUUGAAUAUUCUUGAGACCAAUCCUUCCAGGAGGCUCAGAUUAAAACAAAUCAAAAAGCAUCCUUGGCUUUUUCCAAAAGUUAAGGAAGUAAAUAAGUGAAAGAGCCGCAACGAGAGCCGCAACCAGAGACGGUACAGAAACUCCAACAACAUUAGAUCUCUCGCUCGUUCAUCCCUCGAAACGAGAGCUCACAGAAGAAUCAGACUAGAGCCGAUACAACUCAAUCCGAGUCCUGCUAGAGACCAGCUUGUUUGUCCAAAUAUCACCCAGAUCGCUACAUCUCACAAAAAUACACUUGAAUUAGACGAAAAUUCUUCUCAAAAGUACCUCUCAAACAGACAGAUCCAACAAAGUGAGGGUAAAAGGAAGUUUCUCAAGAGUAUUGACACUGGCCAUCUCGAUCAGGGAGGCCAUGCCAAGGAUCUAAGUUUAUCCUAUCUCUCUACUACAUAUAAAUCCCCGAAACCCCAUGAAGGGAAAAAAAUGAUCAUAAGCCUCAGAAUGGACCCAAAAGAGCCAAGAAGGCGCACCCUCGACUCUGACCACCGCUGGAUGAUCAAAGAAUUCCUAAACUCCAAGAGCUCAGCUCAGUUAAGUUCCAAAAAGAGAGAAGGUAACAAGAGGAGAUGCAUCCCGAAAAUAGAUUUCAAGGUCGCUAAUAUCCUGGCCAAUCCCAAGCUGAAGCCGUCAGGAAAUAUCACAUUCAGUGCCAAACUGAAACAGUUUGGCUAAAUGAGCAAGUUUAUUUGAAUGAGCAAAUUAUGAAGUUCUAUAUACCUAGGGUUAGCCUCGCGCAGCUCCCUGCUUCACCAUUAACCAUAAUUUCUUACAUAAUAUAAGCCUUUUAAUA